UGACAGCCACGAUGAGAAGAGAUAGGCAGGGAGGGGAGAAAUAGAUGGAGAAGAAAUCACACUACUGCUUGAAUAUGCAAUCAGUUUGGCAGCUAUAGUGACUGAGCAACAUCAUCUGAGCAGGGGAGAGUGAGUUUUUUUUGUAUCUGUGAGUGGGAGAGAAUGAGAUCAGGAGUGAGAAAGGCAACAAAAAAAAAGAGACAGAGAGAAGGAAAAAGGAGGAGGGAGAGAGCAAGUGUGCAGCUUUGAGGCGUUCCAUCAUCCACCAAACUCCUGCAGCUUCCCUCUUCCCUCCUCCUCCUCCUGGAGAAAGAGACAGAGCAACAGAGAGAAGAGUGAGAGAGAGAGAGAGAGAGAGAGAGAGAGAGAGAGAGAGAAAGAUAGAGGGAGCAACAGAGAGAGAGCAAGAGAGUCAGGCUUACAAGCCAGUGGAGAAGAGACGUCAAGAGGAGGAUCUACAGAGGGAGAAAAAAAAUCCUUCUCUCCUCUCUCUUCUGCUGCCUCUCUUCGCGCAUCCUACGGGCAGCGAGGAGCGAGGAGGAUCCGGCUGGCAUAUUUUCUACGCUGCUUCCCCGUGAUUUCUGUGGCUGUAUCACAGUGGGUGGAGCGCAGGGAGAGCCGCCGAGAGCUCGAUCGGUGACACCGCUCCGCAGCAGAAGAGUACUGUAGAAGAGCCGGGAUGCUUAAUAACCUGACCGACACAGAGGAGGGGGACGGGGGAGCGCAAAGCCAGGGUGACAGUAAUCCCAAGGAGAACAGCCCCUUCAUCAACAGCAGUGAUGCUGCUGAAGAGAAGACCCAGCAGUAUGACGGCAAGAACAUGGCCUUGUUUGAGGAGGAGAUGGACACCAGUCCUAUGGUGGCGUCUCUUCUCAGCAGCCUGGCCAACUACUCCAACCUGCCACAAGGUAGCAAGGAGCACGAGGAGGCCGAGAACAACGAGGCUGAGUCAUCGCGCAAGAAACCCGUCAAGGCCCCCGCGCUCGGCACUCUGAUGGGCGUCUACCUGCCGUGCAUCCAGAACAUCUUCGGAGUGAUCCUCUUCCUCAGGAUGACCUGGUUGGUGGGAAUCGGAGGUGUCAUUGGGACUUUCUUCAUAGUCUUCAUGUGCUGUUCCACAACCAUGCUGACUGCCAUCUCGAUGAGUGCCAUCGCUACCAAUGGAGUAGUGCCAGCUGGAGGCUCCUACUACAUGAUAUCCCGUUCGCUGGGCCCUGAGUUUGGGGGAGCAGUGGGGAUCUGUUUCUAUCUGGGGACAACCUUCGCUGGAGCGAUGUACAUCCUGGGGGCCAUUGAGCUCCUCCUGAUCUACAUAGCACCCAAAGCGGCCAUCUUUCCCCUGGAGGGCCUGGAGGGUGCCGAAGCAGAGGCCGCCCUGCUGAACAACAUGCGUGUGUACGGCACCAUCCUGUUGACCUCCAUGGCCACGGUGGUGUUUGUGGGCGUGAAGUACGUCAACAAGCUGGCCCUGGUGUUUCUGGCCUGCGUCAUUCUCUCCAUCCUGGCCGUCUACGCCGGGGUCAUCAAGACCGGCAUUGACGCUCCCGAAUUCCCUGUGUGUAUCUUGGGCAACCGCACUUUGGUGUGGAAGUCCUUCGAUGUGUGUGCCAAGACCGUUGAGACAGCUAAUGGGACAGUCACCACCCAGCUGUGGCGCAUGUUCUGUGACUCACCUUUCCUCAACGCUACCUGCGACAAGUACUUUACAGCCAACAAUGUGUCUCAGAUCCAGGGCAUCCCAGGGGUCACCAGUGGAAUCCUGGCAGACAAUCUGUUUGGGACCUACUAUGAGAAGGGGGAUCUGAUUGCCAAAAAGUUCACAGAGUCAGCGGAAGACCAGGAUGACCCUCUGACCAACUCCAACCGCUACGUGUUGGCCGACAUCACCAGCUUCUUUACGUUGCUGGUCGGCAUCUACUUCCCCUCUGUGACAGGUAUCAUGGCUGGCUCCAAUCGCUCCGGAGACCUGCGUGAUGCCCAGAAGUCAAUCCCCAUUGGAACCAUUGCAGCUAUCUGCACCACCUCUUUCGUCUACAUGUCCAGUGUGGUUCUGUUUGGUGCCUGCAUCGAGGGUGUGGUCCUCAGGGACAAGUUUGGAGAAGGAGUCCACGGGAAUUUAGUGAUUGGUACUUUGGCUUGGCCGUCACCAUGGGUGAUCGUGAUUGGCUCCUUCUUCUCCACCUGCGGGGCGGGGCUGCAGAGUUUGACAGGAGCUCCUCGUCUCAUGCAGGCAAUCGCCAAGGACGGCAUUGUGCCCGCCCUUCGGAUAUUUGGCCAUGGAAAGGCCAACGGAGAACCCACAUGGUCCCUGCUGCUGACAGCUUGUAUCUGCGAGAUCGGCAUCCUCAUUGCUUCCCUGGAUGCAGUGGCUCCCAUCCUCUCCAUGUUUUUCCUGAUGUGCUACAUGUUUGUGAACUUGGCCUGUGCUCUGCAGACACUGCUAAGGACUCCAAACUGGAGGCCCCGCUUCAAGUUCUACCACUGGGCUUUGUCCUUCCUGGGGAUGAGCUUGUGUCUCACUCUGAUGUUCCUCUGCUCCUGGUACUACGCCAUCAUCGCCAUGGUUAUUGCCAGCUCUAUCUACAAGUAUAUUGAGUUUGCAGGUGCGGAGAAAGAGUGGGGUGAUGGGAUACGAGGUCUGUCUCUGAGCGCUGCACGUUACGCUCUCAUGAGGCUGGAGGAAGGUCCACCGCACACCAAGAACUGGAGGCCCCAGUUGCUGACGCUGGUUAGUACAGACGCAGAGCAAAACGUGGAGCAGCCUCGUCUGCUCUCUCUGACCAACCAGCUGAAGGCAGGCAAAGGUCUGACCAUUGUUGGAACAGCUCUAGAGGGCACCUACCUGGAGAACAGCGAGCAGAGCCAGCGUGCAGAGAAGGCGCUGCGCAAACUGAUGGAGACUGAGAAGGUGAAGGGCUUCUGUCAAGUGACCGUGUCCUCGAACCUGCGUGAUGCCACCUCCCACCUCCUCCAGGCCAGUGGGCUAGGAGGCCUGAAACAUAACGCUGUGCUGGUAUCCUGGCCACGCAACUGGAGGCAGGGAGACGAGCACCAGACCUGGAGAAACUUUGUUGAGUUGGUCAGAGAAACCACCGCCGCUCACCUGGCUCUGCUUGUCCCGAAGAACAUCUCGGCCUUCCCGUCCAAUGGAGAGCGCUUCACUGAGGGUCACAUUGACGUGUGGUGGAUUGUCCAUGAUGGAGGCAUGCUGAUGCUGCUGCCCUUCCUUCUCCGCCAGCACAAGGUUUGGAGGAAGUGCAAGAUGCGCAUCUUCACUGUGGCCCAGUUGGACGACAACAGCAUCCAGAUGAAAAAAGAUCUGACCACAUUCCUCUAUCAUCUCCGUAUUGACGCCAUGGUGGAAGUUGUAGAAAUGCAUGACAGUGACAUCUCAGCCUACACUUAUGAGAAGACCCUGGUGAUGGAACAACGGUCCCAGAUGCUUAAACAGAUCAACCUGAGCAAGACUGAGCGUGAGAGAGAGAUCCAGAGUAUCACCGAUUCAUCCCGCGGGUCAAUCCGCCGUAAGAACCCGGCUGCCGUGACCACCCAGCUGAGUGUGACCGAGGACCCGCCAGCAGCCAGCAAGGAGGAGAAGCCUGAGGAAGAGUCAAAGUCGGCCUCUUCCCCUGUGUCCCCCCCUGACCAGGUCCAGCUCAUCCACGACAACACCACCCCAACCAGCCCCGCAACCCCGGCCACCCCGCUGACCCCCGCAGAGGAGGCCAAGAGCCCCGGGGAGCAGAUCCAGAUGACCUGGACUGAGAAGUGUGACGGUGAGCCGGCCAAACCGCCUGGCGCAGCCACACCAGAGGGCAUCAAAGACAUCUUCAACAUGAAGCCCGAGUGGGAGAACCUGAACCAGUCCAAUGUGCGGCGUAUGCACACAGCGCUCCGGCUGAAUGAAGUCAUCAUCAAAAAGUCCUCAGAGGCCAAGCUAGUCCUCCUCAACAUGCCCGGGCCACCCAAGAACAGGACAGGUGACGAAAACUACAUGGAGUUCCUCGAGGUCCUCACUGACGGUCUCAACCGGGUCCUCCUGGUCCGCGGAGGCGGCCGCGAGGUUAUCACCAUCUACUCCUGAAAGAGCAGCCCCCUCCCAUGCCCCUCCCUCCGCCCUGUCCCUGUGUCAACCUUACUCCCACACUCUCAUCAACGCUGCUUCAUCAUUAUGUUUUCUCUCACCGCUUAUUUCUGUAAGAUAGUCCUCUCACACCCAACCAACAGCCCAGCUCAGCUUCAGCACCUCUCCCUCCGCUCCAUCCCCAGCAAACCGAUGAGCACUAUCACACGCUCAGCAACUAUAACUACUGUCAGCUCUAGACUCAUUUAGACGCUAUCUAGAUUUGUUCUUGAAGAGACUUCUUUUCCUCGCUAGUCUUCGAUGUACUGUAAUAACUGGCAUUGAGUCGGAGUCACUCUGCAAGGAGGAGGUGGUGGUGUUGGGUGUGGGUUGUUAAGCCGAGGUGUGAGCGCACUUGCAUGUUUGUGUCCGUCUAUGUUUAAACCUUUGCAUUCCUUAUUGUUGGGUUAUUUUUAUUUAUUUAUUUAUUUAUUUUUCAAAUAUAAGCGUGGCAUAACAGCAGCAGCUUCUGCUUGAAAAGGAAAACGAGAACCUAACUGAAAUGAGCUCAAUGUAGGAUUGUCUGUUUAGUUCCGUUGUGGUGAUCGCACACCUCCCACAGCGCUCCAGCCUGUUGUCUUCAAUGUGCUUUAUCUUUCAAGGCAAAAAGACACUGCUACCCACGGUCAGGACCACCAGCUGGAAGGAGAACAGAGUCCUUAAGUAUGAACUGUGAAAUUCACAUUGGUUUUCGAAGAAGACUGAAAAGGCAUGUGGAUCAAACCUUCAGUAUUAUCUUUAACCUGAUUACUCCUUAGCAUGGCGUCCUUAUAACUGUGCGGGUGUUUCUACUCCACUUGUUGUGUUACCGCCAUCACUGUCUUUCUACCUGUCCUCCUUUCAACUGAUUUCUUAGUGGCUGUUCAUCCCCUUGGCCACUGUUAGUGCCAAAAAAAAUACAACAAGGCUAGCUUAGUUUGUAGAGAUUGACACGUAAUUAAAACUGUGAAUAGUGCGUUUCCUACCAGAAGGCUGGUGUAACAGUGGGGAGACAGUACAAACACCCCGAGGAGAUUGUCAUUGCCAGCACCCCUCAACUCUCGUGUGGAUCACUGUAAAUAAUGUACAAGCUCUGACGCGUUGUUCAGUAUGAGUGUAGUAUUUUUGUGACAUACUAAAAAGCUUCUAGUGGAGAGAAAACAUUCCUUCGCUGAGAGGGACAGCGCUGUUUUCAACGUUUAUUUAUCUAUUUAUUUAUUGGAUGGCAUAGGCUCCUGUCACUAUGGUAACCGUCAUUGUAACCUCGACAAGCACUGCACCUGCACUGUCCGCCACUGUGCAACAAAGUGAAACUUUGAUGAAUUCAUCAAAUUCAUUAAAUAAAAAAAACAGAACACUAAAUGUUAUUUUUUCAUCUAGAGAACAAAUAUGUAUUUAUGUUUAUAGACAAAACUUACACAUAUUGAUGAAAUAGUUGUGUCAUUUUGAUUGUCACUCAAAGAUAUAUUGUUGUUUUUGCCUAAUUUAGAUUACAUUAAAUGUGCCAUAUCAAAGUAUUUUUCAAAGAGAAAUAGUGAACAAAAAUUCUAUUGAAUUAGAGGGAACAAAGUGUGCUAAAAAAAAAGAAGGAAAACUGAGGUGUCUACAUGAAACUAGUACGGUAAUGAUGACACCGUAGUUGGAAAGUCGCCCUAUAGAUGAUAAAAGAAUAGAUGUUCGGACGCUCAGAGUAGAAGCCGGUAUAUCAGCUGUUACAGAGGUGAGACUCUGAACAUCUAUCGAUUGAUUAUUUAAAGGGUCAAGUCUAAAUGAAUGGAGAGGACAAUGGCUUCUGUAGCUAGGAAACUCACGUUGUCCACAAGACUGAACUCUAUGCAGUAGACUCUCCAGUGAGAUUUUAUAUCCUCUAGAUUGGUUAAGAUUUGAGCCUGACUGAAUGACUGGUAAGCAAAUCAUAUUUAGGUUAAAAAAAGUGCAUCUCGGAAGGAAUGUGCAAUAGUUGAAAUCUGGACUCGUGAUCAUCUUAUUUAUUUUUUUACACAUAUAUUUUGUAUAUGUAGAUUUCGUAAGUCUUUAAAAAAAAAAAAUCCAGAAUCAUCUCACUUUGACCAAGGACAGCUGUCACUUUAAUUUAUUUCUGUUUGUUUUUUUCUGGAAGAAACUGUUUUUGGUCAUUUGCACUUGUAGUAGAAAUAUGAAUAUAAAUAAAUACGUAUAUAUAUACAGUAUAUACAAUAUAGGGAAGCAAAACAAAUUAGUUUCUAGAACUAUUUACAAACAGUAUUUAAUGUUUUUAGUGUUGCUUGAAUGUCGGACCAUAUGUUGUGAAUGCUGCUAGUAUCAAUAGAUUUAUUUGUACUGUAAAUAGAGAUGACUAAGCAACAUUAAAGAUGAAGUGAAAAAGGGUAUAGACAUACAUAUCAGUGGUGGUGGUGGUUGUUUAACAAGACGAGGCUGUACCUGUAAACAUUUGGCCUGAGAUCUCUGGACAGCUUUAGCUUUCUGUUUUUAUUACAAAACUAUACUGAAUACCUUGAUGCAAUAUUACACAACUGAGGGCAAAUCCCCCACCCGUUUAUUCUCUUUAAAAAAAAAUAUAAAAAGCUCUCGAUUAUUACCAUGUUUAAUCCCAUAAGUAAAGUAAACCAAUUUUAACGUACCAGAUUAUUAAUUUACGUACUUUACUUAAAGAAAUUUAAAGGAAUCACCAAAAUGUUUAAAUAUAAAUAUUUAUCUGCUAAACGUUACUGUUUGCAAAUUUUUAACACACCUACCUUUGACACCUGUGAUACUUAAGAAGCAGCCACUCCUAGUUUUUGAAGAUUUUAGGGUGCCAAGUCAUGAAGAUUUUCUUUAAUAUGCUUGUCACACUUAACUCUGACAAAGGGGUUGUUUAACGCUCACAUCAGUUUUUGAAGAACAUGGCUAUUUUGGGAUUGUCUCCACAACAUUGCCUGCAUCAACUGAGCCUUUUAAAAUGUAUUCAAAAGAAAAGAUAUCUGAUGUUUAUUGGAGAAGUUUAUUGGAAAUGAAUUUAUUUAUUGAAUUAUAAAUGUUUUAUAAUUGCUGUUUGCAUGGUACUAUGUGGCAAUAUUUGUUUUAGUGGUUUCUAUAGUGAUGACUUACAUGUUCAAGGUGCAGAGUGGGGUGAAAUGUUGUCAAAUGUUCUCACCUCCUAUCAACUCUGGAGUGUUUUCCGCUCAGCCGGCGACAUGGCUAGAAACCUUGCAAACAAGUUUUUUGCAAAAAAUAAGAAAAGUAUGAGUUCACUAUAUUGUUACUUGUUAUAUUUCAAUCUUGCUCAAAUAGUCUUAUGUAACACAAUAGGAGAUUUUGAGUUUGCGAAUGGAUGAGCUGUAGAAAUGGUCAUUUCACCUUUGUAAAUAUAGAUCACUUAAGUCAGAGACACUAUAACCUACUAGUGUUGUCUUUUGUUGUACACUGUUCUAUCACUGUGGACAAAGUCUUAGAGUUUUGUAAGAUUAUGUGCAAUAUUGUUCUCACAUUGGUAAGUUUUUACAUUUUGUCACAGUUAUGUUAUUUCUUUUCUAGAAACAACUGGAGGUGUCACUUUAUUUCAUGAGAAUGUUUGUCACCAGGUGUUACAGACAAUAAAGGUCUACAGUGUUCAUCCCAAAUGUGGCUGAGACAGCAAAGCACUUUACACUGAGGGGGUACUCUGUGACAGGAUCAGUCUGCAGGAGUGGGGGGUCCUAACAAGAGCCAGCCUGCUCUGUACAGACUCUAUCCCACAGUGAUCUCUGGUGGCACACGAGUGUAUUACAGCCAGCCAUGGAGGUCUGACAGCUCAGACUACAAAAUAGAAUUAAUUCCCAUCAUGUUUAAGCAGUUUUCCGAACUGCAAUAAUCCAGAGACCUACCUGCUGAUUUUGUUUACAUCUUAUCUUUUCAGCAUUCUCUUGGACAUUUUAGCAUGCAUCACCGUCUUUCCUUUCUCUUGCCAAACUUCUUUAAAAAAAAAAAAAAAAAAAGAAUAGUAACUGUUAAAUUUAUAGUGCUUGUCACUCAAUCUGUGAGGUGAGCCUUCCCAGAAUCCCUCCUCCACAACCCCAACCCCCUCUCCUCACCCCAUCUGCCCCAAAUCCCUGGCCUCCCCCAUCCCAGCCACUAAAUCCACCCCAGCUCUGUAUUUUAAAUGUGAUUGCAGUAUAAUUCUGAAAAAUGAUCAAAGAAUAUAAAACUUGCGCUUCCAAUUCUGGCACCGGCUCUGCUUGGACGACACAAAGUACAUAGUCGACUUAGAAACCAGCACGCCCCCUCUCCCCACAACUGAUCCAUGAUUUAGAUCAGAUCCUUCGCCUGCACAACUGUAGCAUGAGACAAACUUGCCGGUGAUCAUUACUCAGUCUCCAUCCUUAAAUGGAUAUUAAGGGCUCUGAAACACAUCUGUUACCGGGUUGAGGAGGCUGUCCUGUUAAGACACCAACAGAGAAAAUAUCAAACAAGUCCCAGAUUACGGCAGAGAGUGCACACACAGUCUGUAGCUCAGAUAAGAUCGUACCCUUUAGUAUAUUUUCACAGAAGCAGCAGACAGAUGUGCCUGAUGUUGGAGGCAAAGCUGCACUUACAUUACACACAGUCGACCUCUCUGGGAGCUAAAGAGAAGAACUCAAGUGGCUAUCCACGCAGUGCAAGCAGAGCCAGGUCCCAGUCAUGUUGUGUAACUCAGUGCAUGCAUGCAAUUACCCUGAACAAGGUGUAUUGAAAAUAUAUUGGGUGUUUGUGGUAUAAAAGUAUUUUGUUUAUAUCAGUUGGGAACUUUUCUUUCUAGUAGUAUGUUUUUUUUUCUCUUUCCUUAGGACUGGCCAAUCAUUGUAUCCAAGAUGACUAUUAUUAUAGUACAAGAUUCUAUUUUUAUGGUAGAUUUAUUGACAAGGUCUUCUUAUUGUAUCAAAUAUUAUCUGGAGAUAAACUGAUUACCAAAGUAUAUUUCAGUUAAUUACAUAAAUGAUGGUGUGCAAAUGUGUGCUCCCGUGAAUUAGAUGCAGACAAUUAAAUACUGUUUACUAUUUUACAACAUUUUGUAACAAUUAUCAUGAAUAGAUUUAAAAAAAAAAAAAAAGUUUGUGUCAAUAGGGUAAAACUAUUAAAGUGCCAAAGUAGUAGGGGAAGCCUGCAAAUCCACAAUUUGGUGGAAGUUGCAUGCCUGUCCAAAACUGUUCAUUUACCCACUUUUCAGUAAAUAACUGGGGUUAGGCUAUAUCCAGUCAAUUAUAUUCAGUCAAUGUAUUAAGUACCAAGGUUACCAAUCACCAAAACUGGUCAGUCAUGUCGACAUCCAGACCUUUAAAGAAAAACGUUCUCAGCACAUAGACUGGAAACGGGGAAACUGUCCAACUGUUACAAAAUCCACCUAGCAGCAUCUCUAAAGCUCAUUUAACUCCUUGUAUCGGGUUUGUUAAAUCCAUUCAAAACCAAAGUAUAAAAAAAUUAUACAAAUUUAUAUAUAUAUACACAUACAUUUCACUAGAAUUGUAUCUUGUAUGAUUUCAUGUGACAAAAAUUGAUUGAUUGAUGGUCGUUUAACUACUAGAUUUUAUCUUCAGGUUACUGGUCCCAACUGGAAAUAGUAGGGUCCAUAACCUCAUAAAACCGUUUUUACAUCGGUUUUUGUAUGGGUUAAACGUGUUAGUUACUGAGCUUCGGAUUGUGUUAUCUUUGGACAGAGCCAUUAUCCAGUCUGUGUGCUUCAUUUCAUAUAUAACUGACAGACCUGAGUGGUAUCGAUUUUCUCAUUUUACUUUUGGGAACAAGCCAUUUCCCGGAAUUAAUUUUCCUUUAAUACUUUAUGGCCUUUGACAAAUACAGUAUUUAAUUUAAUAACCAUACCUCCCUACGGAGGAAUCUCGUCACUGUCCAGGUUUGUUUUUAAUUCACUGGAGUUGUGGGAAACAUUUUGUAUGGAUGCUUGACAAAUGUAAUGGAUGUAUAGAUGAUAUACAGCAUACACACAAAGACACACCUGUUUUGAAUUUCAGUAAUAUGAAAGUGUUUUUCAUUCAGAACCGUUCAUUACUAUACCUUGAUACUGUACCUGGUCUUAUGGUAAAGCCGUAGUGUGUUCCUUUCAGUUCUGUGGGAGUGUGUAUGUGUGUACAUGUAACUGCUGGGGGCGGGCUGGGAGGGGGCUACGUGUAAAUAAAUCAAAUACAGUUAGUGUGGAGGUGUUUUUUUUGUGUCAGUGUAAGUUAAAUAUUCAAAAAAUUAAAAAAAAAAAAAAAAGUAUUCUCUAUUGUGUUUCAUGGUACAUAAAAAAAA